GCAAAUCAAAACCAAGUUACUGUCAGCUUGGACGUAGGCUACAGACACUCCUCUAGACACUCCUCUGUGCCUGUGCAAUAGAACUGAUGACCACCAUGUAUUGCUGGUCUCUCUUCGCAUUGCUCUUUGUCACCUGUAUGGAAGUUUCCCUACAGAAGAAAACAAGGCAAAGCCCUCAAACUCUCUCAAGAGGAUGGGGAAAUUACAUUACCUGGGUCCAGACCUAUGAGGAAGCCCUGAAGACAAUGAAAGAAAGUAAGAAGCCUCUGAUGGUCAUUCAUCACAUGGAGGAUUGUCCUCAUAGUCAAGCUCUGAAGGCGGCGUUUGCUGCUGAUAAAACCAUUCAGAAAAUGGCCCAAAAGGAUUUUGUUAUGCUCAAUUUGAUGCAUGAGACUGAAGACACGAAUCUGGCACCAGAUGGCAACUACGUUCCAAGAAUCAUGUUUGUUGAUCCAUCCAUGACUGUGCGUGCAGACCUUGCUGGGAAGUACAGUAACCACCUGUACACCUACAAGCCGAGCGACGUCCCAUACUUGGCCGAGAACAUGAAAAAAGCCAAGCUUCUACUGCACACUGAACUGUGACCUCACAGCCUUAUAAACACUGUACCCAUAAGCAACUGGGCCCUUCCCUGUCCUGGGAUCAACAGCAACAACCAGAGGGGUUCAAUGAGUCUUGGACAUUCAUAUUUUUUUACACAGAAUGUAUACAAUAGAUGAUCAAUAAAGAUGAAUGACAGUG